AUGGACUCCAAAGUUAUUGAUCAUUUGCAACGGAUUAAUUUAACUUCAGAGGAAGACGAAGUUAUCGUAGUAAGGCCAAACAGAAGGGAUAAAACCCUAGAAGAGUGCUCUCUCAGCCUUCUCGGAAAAUUCUUAGCAUCCCGUCCAUUAAACCUAAGAGCCGCCAAGAACCUCCUUCAAUCAGUAUGGAAGAUGGGAUCGGACCUCAAGAUAAUCGAGGUUGGCGACAGUUUGCUUCAAUUUAAGUUUGCAUUGGAGAGCCAGGUAUUGUGGGUCAUGAAUAACAAACCUUGGAGCUUUGAUAAUUGGAUCCUGGUACUGAAGCGAUGGGAACGGGGCAUGACAGCACGUUCAGUCACUUUCACCGACUUGCCUAUUUGGGUACAGAUUUGGGGUCUGCCUUUUGAUCUCAUCAAUGCAGAGGCAGGCUUGAAGAUUGGAAACAGUCUGGGUCAAGUUGUUGAAGUUGAUUGUAAGGCACUUACCACGGACCAAGCAUGCUUUCUCCGAGUCCAUGUGGUGACUCCCUUGGACAAACCAAUUCAUAGAGGUGGCCUGAUAGUCAAUCCUAAAGGAGAUAAGACCUGGAUUGCGUUUCGAUAUGAGCGGUUGUGUGGUUUGUGUUUCAAGUGUGGUAAAAUCGGUCAUGAGGCCAAGGAAUGCAAUGUCUAG